AGAACAAAAAUAGGCAGAACAAGCAAACGCAAACCGAGAAACCGAAAGACGUCUUGGACUUGAUCCAAAUCCAAAUUUGUUAUUUUUCCAAAUCAUUCUUUGCGACUGUUUAGUAGAAUUCACAGAAACUUAUUCAACUGACAGGUUUUCACAGUAUAUUGGUCGUCAUCCACAACUUAAUCACUAUGAUCUCAUUCUGUGUACAGUCCAAUGUUUUAUCCAUCUUUAUUGUUUCGGUGCUAUGGAUUCACUGUAUUCAUGCAUUUUACGUUCCUGGAGUGGCACCAGUAGAAUUCAAGCGCGGAGAUCGCAUAGAAGUGAAAGCUGUGAAAAUGACAAGUGUACACACUCAACUUCCUUAUGAUUAUUACUCACUUCCUUUUUGUGAACCAAAGAAUGGUUCUUUACACUACAAAUCUGAGAAUUUAGGUGAAGUUCUUCGAGGAGACAGGAUUGUGAAUACUCCAUAUGAAAUUCAAAUGGCGGAAAAUGUAACUUGUCGACUAUUGUGUAAUUCCCAUGAUCGUCCAAUCAAUUGGCGAGAAAGUGAAUCACAAACAGUUAUAAGCCGUAUAGAACAUGAGUAUAAUGUUCACUUGAUUGUUGACAACCUUCCAUGUGCAACAAAAAUUGUGGAUGUGGUCACCAAAGAUGUUCAAUAUCGUCCAGGAUAUCAACUUGGCUACCAGGCUGACAAUGAAGGUUCAAAUAGACCAGCCUACAUUAACAAUCACCUCAAACUUAUUCUGUAUCACCACUCACACACUGGAGACACAUAUAGGGUUGUUGGAUUCGAAGUUGAACCUCAAAGUGUGAGCUAUGAUGAUAUUAGAUUUAAAGGAGACUCCUGCCAAUUCCCAGAGUCAGCAGGAGGCCAAAUGGUAAAUCGUAAUGGUGGUACAACCUUGUAUUUCACUUACUCUGUCGAAUGGCGCCCAUCUGAAGUUUCAUGGGCCUCUCGCUGGGACAUUUACCUUGGUAUGAGUGACGUUAAAAUUCAUUGGUUCUCCAUUAUCAACUCAUUGAUGGUUGUAUUUUUCUUAUUUGGAAUUAUGGCUAUGAUUAUGGUGAGAGCUCUUCGACGGGACAUCGCGAAGUACAAUACUUAUGAAGCCCUGGAGGAGGCUAUUGAGGAAACAGGGUGGAAGCUUGUUCAUGGAGAUGUGUUCAGACCACCAAGGCAUCCACGUCUCUUUGCAGCUGUAAUAGGUUCUGGGAUUCAGAUAUUUUUCAUGGCUCUAUAUACCAUAGUAUUUGCUACUCUUGGCAUGCUUUCUCCUGCAUCACGAGGAGCUCUCAUGAAUGCUGCAAUUUCCCUGUACAUCCUAAAGGGACUUAUAGCAGGUUAUUACUCGGCAAGAGUCUACAAGACCUUGAAGGGAAGGGAAUGGAAAAGAGCUGCCUUUCUGACUGCUACUUUGUAUCCAGGCAUUGUGUUUGGUACUUGCUUCUUCUUGAACUUCUUUGUGUGGGGAAAGCACUCCAGCAGUGCUGUUCCAUUUGGAACUAUGGUUUGGCUAAUGUUCCUUUGGUUUGGAAUAAGUCUUCCUCUGGUCUACUGUGGUUAUUACUUUGGUUACCGUAAACAACCAUACCAGCACCCAGUUAGAACCAACCAGAUACCACGCCAAGUACCGGACCAGUUGUGGUACAUGAAUCCAAUUAUCUGCUCAUUGUUGGCUGGCGUUUUGCCAUUUGGUGCUGUGUUUAUUGAGCUGUUUUUCAUUUUCACUGCAAUUUGGGAAAACCAGUUCUACUACAUGUUUGGAUUCCUUUUUUUGGUUUUCAUAAUUUUAUUUGUAUCAGUGUCUCAGAUCUCAAUUGUCAUGGUUUAUUUCCAACUAUGUGGCGAGGAUUAUCGCUGGUGGUGGAGAUCUCUUGCUGUGUCCGGUGGAUCAGCCAUUUAUGUCUUUGGCUAUGCAGUAUUUUAUUUCUUUACAAAUUUAGAUAUAACAGAAUUCACCCCUACCCUUUUAUACUUCGGUUACACUGCUCUUAUGGUAAUUACCUUCUGGUUUCUGACUGGAACAAUUGGUUUCUUUGCGGCUUAUUUCUUUAUCAGAAAGAUAUAUGGAGCCGUCAAAAUUGAUUAGGGAGGGUAGCACAAGAAGUAAAUUGUUGUCUACUUUACUAACAUACCAAAUAUGUUCUACAUUUUGAAAUAGGAUGUGUGGGGUCAGCUUUUUUAAAAGGAAAAAGAAAAGAAAAAAAAAAAGCUGUGUGGUGCUUUAUUUAAUAUGUAAAUAGUGUAUUUAUGGAAGUAUAUUUAUGUAGCAUAGUUGAAUGUAAAUUUUACAGACACAUGAUACAUCAUCAGAGUUAGUCCAGAAGAACUGUUUUCUUUGCAUUGGGGCCUACUAUAUUUUAGGCACAACAGAGAAGAGUGUGGUGUUUUAAUAACAAAACUCUGCCUAACAUCUCUUUGAUCUCUGUGAUAUAUAGGCAUUUAGCCAACUAUAUUGUAAGUUUAGGGCUGAAGGGGAUGAUCAGAGUCAUUCUCUAGGUACAGUAAUUAAAGCAUGGAUAAAAUGAUUAACAUCAAUACUCUUGCAAUGUUUGCAGGAAUGAGAUUUUAAUAGAUAUUAAAAUACAGAGCUAAUUUAAUUUAAAUUGUUUUGUCUAUAUGUUUUAUUAUGUUCAUUAUUUUGUAGUUUUUCACUUUAUUUUUAAAUAUCCAAGAGAUGAGAUCAGCAUUGUUAGGUCUUUAAUUAUUGUUUGAACUCGGUAUGACCUGAAGGUAAAAGAAGAUGCACUGAGAACUUUGUUUGAAAUUUGAACUUUGGCAUACAUGAAUUGAUUUUUUCUCAGCAGAAAAUGUGAUUUAAGAAUUUAGUGAAAUAGGCAGACAAAAUGAGGUUGAGCCAAAACUAAAACUUGAAGUAUUUUUGGUGUUUUCUGUCAGUCAAAUCUUUUGUGAGCACACUUGAUAUCAGUAGUAUGUUAUAUUUUCGUUGGUAUCUUGUAUCUUGAAUUCUCCCUGUACUUUCGGACAAUAAUGAAAUGAAAUAAGCAAAUUAUCACAUAAUAUUUUAUUUUCAAAGAGGUCACUUAUGAAUGGACAUUGUGCCAUUGGAUAAAUUUAAUUCUGUCCAUGUGUGACAUACCUUUAUUAACAGAAUGAUCGCAACGUUCUUUCUAAUAAAGUUUUGUCUAUAAAUUAAA